CUACAAUAUUCUGUCACCUUUUUACAGCUGUGCUUGUACUUCACCUUGCAGUGGACCUACGCACUCCUCUGCACGUACACAGUGUCUGCUGUCUACAGUAGGCUACAGUAGCCUAGCCUGCCAUAGGUCAUAUAAGGACAUAGAUAAAUGUGGACACAGUGACACUGGACACCCUUACUCUAUCGAGGAAAACACAUCCACAACAAGUUUCCUGAACAAAUAUGGACAUCACAUUGAUUUUCUUUCAAUGGAUAUAAGGAAUCAUUCGCUUUCAACCCACGGACAUGUUAUGCAUUACAUAACUUUCGCUUUACACAACAUUCUGAUUUCAUAAAACGUGGUUAGGCAACUUGAUGACGUAGGCGGAGAUAGUUCCUUUACGAAAGCGAGGUCAAAAUGGCUGCCUACUGCAUGUGAAGAGGACGCAACGGAUGCCGGUUUUGAGCUUGAGGAAUAUGUAUAAAACACCAUGUAGCCGACUCACAGGUCUGGUGGGGGCCACUGUGAAUAAGAAGCUAACGUUAUCAGCUAAGGCAGCUAAAUGUCAACUGAGUUCCCUUAGCCUGGCUCAGCUCCGUACGACAGACUCCAAAGAAUGGCUUACAUUCCAGCAGUUAAGCUUUCUGAAGCGACAGUAUGUGGUGCGGCACAGCGGGGCCCUCGGCCAGCGCCCCAGACACAAGCAGGAGCCCGUGUCCGCUAUGCUGGAGGACCGGGGGGACCUCUUGAUGCAACAAAUGCAACAGGUCCCCACCAUCCAGCCCGUCGCUGGCGUGGCGGUUCCGGCUCCGGCUCCAGGCACCCCGGUGGACCUCAGCAAUGAGCCAGAAGCAGACCGCGAAGCCCGCUUGGAGGCCCGGCAGUGGAAAGAGCUAAAGGUGGAGUACUCUCAGCUGCCGGACAUCUACGCCAGGCUGUCCAAGAUUAAACUCACAGCGUUGGUCGCCACCACGGCAGCGGCAGGCUUUGCCAUGGCUCCGGUGCCCUUUGACCCCACCUGCUUCCUGUUGGCCACAGUGGGAACAGGCCUGUGCUCCUGCACUGCCAACUCCAUCAACCAGUAUUUUGAGGUGCCAUUUGACUCCAACAUGAAUCGCACAAAGAACAGACCGCUGGUCAGAGGGCAGAUCAGUCCCCUCCACGCGGUGUCGUUCGCGCUGGCAUGUGGCGUCCCGGGCGUGGCCCUGCUGUCGCUGGCGGUGAAUCCCCUGACCGGCCUGUUGGGGGCGCUAAACAUCUUCCUGUACACGAGCUGCUACACGCCGCUCAAGCGCAUCAGCAUCAGCAACACGUGGGUGGGGGCCGUGGUGGGGGCCAUCCCCCCCGUCAUGGGCUGGACCGCCGCCACCGGGGCACUGGACGCAGGAGCUCUGUUGCUGGGUGGCAUCCUGUACAGCUGGCAGUUCCCCCACUUCAACGCGCUGAGCUGGAACCUGCGCGAGGACUACUCGCGCGGCGGCUACCGCAUGAUGUCCGUCACUCACCCGGACCUGUGCCGGCGCGUGGCUCUGCGCCACUGCCUCGGCCUGAUCGGCCUCUCGUCGGCGGCGCCGCUCACCGGCCUCACCACGUGGACGUUCCCGCUGGUGUCGCUGCCCAUCAACCUGUACAUCACCUACCUGGCCUUCCGGUUCUACCAACGCGCCGACCGCCAGAGCGCGCGCAAGCUCUUCUUCUGCAGCCUCUGGCACCUGCCCAUGCUGCUGCUCCUGGCGCUCACCUGUAAGACACGACGGGCCGAGCCCGAGGCGCUCCCAGCCGCCGCCACCGCCGCCGCAGCAGCAGCAGCAGCAGCAGGCACCACCUCCAGCCUAGCUGUACAGAGCUAACGCUCUACAUUGGGUUAGCAUCGGGAUGCUAGCUUUGGUCGCAUUCACAUGCUAGCUUUGGUUAGCAUUGGGAUCGCUAGCUUUGUUAGCAUUCACGUGCCAUUAUUGGUUAGCAUCGGUACGCUAGCUUUGUUAGCAUUCACGUGCUAGCUUUGCUUAGCAUCGGGAUGCUAGUUUUAUGAGCAUUGGCAUGCUAACUUUGGUUAGACUUGGGAUGCUAACUUUGCUAGGAGUGGGACGUUAGCUUUGAGAUCGAUGGCAGCUGGUUUUAUUUUGCUAGCUUCAUAAGCAUUACCCAUACUUUUCCCCACUCCCACCUAUCACCUUCAUGGUCACUAUCCCUCACUGUACUCACUUCCAGCUCUUACAAGACUGUGUCUGUUACUCAGAGCCUGGUCCUCCGACUUUCUGUCAGUGCUAUAUGAGCUUCCUUUCAUGUUGCUUUUCAAGAUGUUUUUUUUUUCCAAGAUGGGGCUAGAGAAUGAUAUUGAGAGGGGCCAUAUUUUGCCCCCCACCCCCUUAUAGCCAUCGUCAAGUGUUUGAGAAAGUGCUUGGUAAAGUAUCCUUUGGGGUAAGGAAAACCAGAGAGAGAGAAUGAUGAAAUCAAAUUAAAAUAAAUGAGGAAGUACUUGGAGAGAGAUAUUACUGUUAGAGUCCAAAUUUCACAAUAGCAUUCAGGGAUUCAGGGCCGUCCCCACAUACCGUCUGGUAGUUUGUGAAGUGAUCAAUGCAAGGUGUGUGUGUAAAUAUAACAGAUAAUUUAUUUAUGUAUAUUGCCCUAAAUAUGCAUCAUGUUGUAAAUUACUUGUACAGAACUAGUUUUCUGUAAUGGUUUUUGAAAAUGGAGUCAUAACUCCGAAACAUCACAUUUAACUCAAGCACAGUAACAGUUCUGUUUACUCAAAGCAAAGAGUAAAACCUCAGCCACUUUUGAUUUCUGUAACUGGACAGUCAGUCGUAAUAAUUCUUAUUACCAGAUGUCUGUGAUUUAAAGUUAUUUUCAGUUUCAGCGGUUUCAGCUUGCAUAUAUGUAUCAAUCCAUUUUGUUUUCCCAAGACGUUGUGAUGCAAACUGUGAUUGUCUUUUGUUUUUUUGUUUUGUUUUGUUUUUUUUUCCCCUCAGAUCUACUGAACUGUAUUCAAAUGCCCAUAAUUCUUGAAUGUAGGCCAACGGAAACAAACUCUUAAUAGUGUUUUUGUUACAUGCAGCAACCCAAAACCACACGGUUCGCCUCCCACCACUCAGACCUCGGCUGUUCAGACCACAUGCAAAAAGGACAAAUGCUCUGGUACAAUAAAGGUCCUAUGAUUUA